AUGGCGGCAUUGAUGCAAUCGAAUAACGAACCUGUUACCAUUUCUAACUCAUUGCCCGGGCCCUCCGCCUCCAUCAUCUCAAGCCCGCCGGAAUCUGUCGCCUUCCUGAAGCAUACGAAACCAGACUCGAGUCUUACCUCCAUUGCCAGUGCCGGCUUAAACGUCUCACGAUCAAGAGAAUCGAUGCCACCCAUGACAACGACUGCACAGCCAGUUAGUUCGGUGGAUCGACUAGUAGAACAUGAGAAGGAGCCGGAGCAAAACAGCUCACAGGUAGCGAGAGAAGCUCUUGGUGCAACUGAGAAGCAACAAAUGAAUUCGCUUAAUGAUUCCGUACAUAUGUCCGAUCAGAUGCAGGUCGACACGCAUUCCACUUCAGGCAAUCCGGCGGAUGCCUUUGGAACGACCGAUAACAGCACGUCCCUUAUGAAUACUUCAACAGUUGCCAGUCCUGGCCCGAUAGAAGAUUCGGCUUCACAGGAUGGGGAUCGUCCACGUCAUAGGGACGAAAUGGACUUGCAGGAUGCAAGUAACAAGUCCUUCUCUUACCCUAUGCCGACGGCAGCUCUUGGUGAUCCCCGUCGUGGCCUGAGCUUACCAGGUUCUGGAUUUAAUAAGGCCGGCCAGCGAUCACCAUCGGCCAAAAAACACCGUUGCCCAUACUGUUCUACGGAAUUCACAAGGCAUCAUAAUCUCAAAAGCCACCUUCUUACACAUAGUCAAGAGAAACCGUACGUGUGCCAGACUUGCCAAUCGCGCUUUCGAAGACUUCAUGACUUGAAAAGACACACGAAGCUCCACACCGGAGAGCGUCCACACAUUUGCCCCAAAUGCGGGCGUCGAUUUGCUCGUGGUGACGCUCUCGCUCGACAUAACAAAGGACAAGGCGGAUGUGCGGGUCGUCGGGCGAGCAUGGGAAGUUACGCUCCUGAAGAUGAAUACGGCGACACUGGGGUCCAUCCAGGUGCGGAGGACACGAUGGAUGGCCUCGUCUAUGCAGAGCCCGAGCGUAUGGAUGAAGAGGAUGAACGCCGCAUGAGCAUGCCUAGCAUUAAAAAACAUGAUAUUCCCACAGAUUCGAUCACACGAUCCAAUACCGCAAAUAGUUAUCAACCGCGGCAGCCGAGCACGUAUCCCCCGAUUGCCGCUGGCCGACCAUCUCCAGGAGGCCUUUUCCCGCCUCCUGCGAGUCACGGUGGCUCUAGCGCAUCAGCAUCCCCCAUCUCGCAACCCGGUAACUUGACAUUUCCACCUCCUGGCCAGCAUUCUGGAGCCUCAAUAUUCCAACCAUCAAAUGUCACAGAAAGCCCAAAGCCACUUUCACCAAAUGCACUAUCUUCGCACCAGCUCGGUCAUGGCCCUGAACUUCAUCGCGCUCACUCUCCAGGAAUGGCCCAGUCAUUCCAGCAACAACCAUAUACCAGGUCGGGGUCUUCUCAGGCAUCCGUUGCAAAUCAUACCGCUGGCAGUUUAGGCCUUCCCCCACCACAGCCUGGUGCUCCUCAGCUUCCUCCACCGCCUGGAAUGAACACCUCAGAUUCUCGAUUUUCACUUCACUCUCAGAGCUCUGUACAACCACCACCGGCCGCUACGAAACAUACACCACCCCACAGCCAUUCUAGCAACCAUAGUGGGUCUCUGGCAUCCAAAACAGGCCCGGAGGUGACCGCAAAUAAUGGGCAUCUUCCGGGACCGCAUGACUCGAAUUAUGCUGAUCAGAAUCGUGAGCGAGAGGAUAAGCUAUGGGCAUAUAUUCGUUCUGUUCAUGAAGAACUAGCAGGAUUGAAGACCGAAGUAGCGGCUUUAAGGGCACAACUUGCAUCAGCAAACGUAAAUACACUGACAUCAUCGACUCCAAGUGCCACACAACCUCAGGUUGAGCCGAGCACUGUCAGUGCAGGCCAACGGUGA